AUGAUGAUACCGUUUCGCCGAUGGGAAUUGCACGAGCUACCAGCACUCACACAAGGAUCUACCAUAGAAAUCUGGUCCGUAAAGACAUGUUCUGCAUUGGACAGUCCAAGAUAUGUUAUAGUAUUUUUCCAAACGAAAAAAGCCGAUAAUUUGCAUGAAGACGUCACCUUGUUCGAUAAUGCCAACAUCAAAUCCAUACGAUUGGCUCUGAAUAGCGACUAUUAUCCGCAAGAAAGAAUGCUAUUGGACUUUUCCAAAGACCAAUAUGCCGACGCCCACUUCAACUAUACAGAGUUCAACAAGAGCUACCAUAACUGUCAAGAAAAGCGCUCUCUAGUAAACUUUGCCGAAUUCAAAUCCCGACCAAUGUUUGUUAUCGAUUGCUCGAGGCGCUAUCUGGGUCUAAAGUCGUCCACAGUUGACAUGAAUUUCAUUAAGAGGAGCCUCGUAUGGAACUAUUUUGAGAAAAAAGAACAGGGCACAGUCACUGAGUGCAUCUCUUGUAAAAAGAAAGUACCGAACAAGGGGAACACCUCAAACUUGAUGUGGCAUUUGAAGAGUGCACAUCCAAAGAAAUUUCGUGAGUUGGAAUUUCUGAAAAGAAAACGAAACGAUAGUGACGAAGAAAGAUUUGAAAAUGAGUCGGACCACUAUGAAACCUCGGUAGACAAUGAAAAUACGCCAUCUAUUUCAGAAGAUGGCAUAACAAAUUUCUUGGAGUUGGAAGUGUUAGAAGUAGAUGAGUCAUCCUCAUCUUCACAUGUUUUAUCACCAAAUCCAAUGUCAGUGCGUGCUAUGUCCCGGUCUCCGAAGGUAACCCACACGAAACAAAAAUCUAUGACACAGUAUACCUUGAGCAAAAGACAAGAAGAAAUGAUAACUGACGCAGUAGUUUACUUCAUUGCUACUUCGAUGCAACCUUAUAAUAUCGUAGAACAGCAUGGAUUUAAACAUCUGAUGAAGACGGCUGUUCCAAGCUAUAAAUUACCAAGCAGAAAAACUCUAUCCGAAUGUAAGAUCCCGAAACUGUACAAUGAAACUGUUCAAAAAAUAAAAGAUCGAUUAGCUGAAAUAAACGAAAUGUCAUUCACCACAGAUUGUUGGACUUCAACGGGCAAUAAACCUUAUAUUGCAUUAACGGCCCAUUACAUCAGCAAAGAGUGGAAGCUUGAAGGUGUAUGUCUAAAUUGUGCAGAACUGAAUGAAGAUCACACAUCGGACAUUGUAGCUGCUAUGUUAAGCCAUCUCUUGUGCGAAUGGAACUUGGAAAAGCUAAAACAUCAAACAUUUACGACAGAUUCUGGUGCAAAUAUAAUCAAAGCCAUUGAGAUAUUGAAAGUGAAUCAUAUUCCAUGUUUCGGUCAUAGUCUGAAUACCGGAGUAGAAAAAUCCUUACGAAUUGCUGAGCUACAACCGUCGAUUGGAAAAGUAACAAAAAUACAAAGUGCUUUUGCUCAUAGUUGGAAAUUGAGUAGAGAUUUGCAUGAAAAACAAAGACAAUUCAAUUUACCAAUAAUGAAAAUUCCAUCAUAUUCACGAACAAGAUGGUGGUCUAUGCUGCGUUUAAUAUCGGUUGUGGUGGAACAGCAUAUAGCGCUGGUUAGUCUCCUGGGAGAAUUCAGUGGAGGAAAAUACAAGCAUUUGGUACUCAACCAAGAUGAGGUAUCUUUACUUCAAGAAGUCAUAAAACUAUUGAGACCCAUGCAAGAUAUAUCAGAGCAUAUGUCAGGUGAAAGCUAUGUAACGGCCUCUACCAUACUACCUCUUCUGAAUCAAAUACAGGAGACGUAUAACGAUAAGGCAGAAGAAACCCAAGUUGACAUCGAAGUUAAUUCAACAUGUUCGACUAUAAUGAAUAUAAUCUUGAAAACAUUUAAAAAUAGGUAUAUAGAAAACCAAAAUGUCUGUCGACUUUUACAGAAAUGCACGUUUUUUGAUCCUCGAUUCAAAACACAAUUUUUCGAAGAAGUUGAGACUGCUGAAAUAACAUAUAUAGUGAAUAAAGAAUUAAAAGAUGUCGUAAGAAAUGAAGUCAUACCUCCAAGAAGUAAAAAAAAACUCUCAGGAUUAGCUGCUUUGCUCAAGCCGAAAAAAGAUGUUGGCACUGUUGACAGUGUAGGCACGUCUGUCCAAGACUAUGAUUUGGAAAUAACCAAAUAUUUGGGACUCUUGCAGCUCGAUACAGAUGAGGACCCUUUACUUUUUUGGAACACUCAUACCGCGAAUUUCCCUCGACUGUCUAUUCUUGCGAAAAGAUAUUUAUGUAUACAAGCCACAAGCGUUCCAUCCGAAAGGGUUUUUAGCAAAGGUGGACGAGUGGUGACUGAUGUGAGAUCUGCGCUCACUACUGAACAUGCGGAGCAGUUAAUCGUAUUGUCACUAAAUAGGCAUCUUAUUUCUAUGUAAUAGAUGCUGUUCAAUUCUCAGAUCUACAUUUACAACUAUUAAGUGUUUUCUAUUUUUUUCUAUAAUGGUGAAAGUUUCAUUUAUUU